UACGAUUUAUCACUUCCGGUCUGGAACUGCUUUUACAGAAGUAGAUAUUGUAAACAUUAUUAAUCGAUGUUAUAAAACAGACUCGCAUUUAAAAACUCGUUUUUAGCAUAUGGUGGUGAAUGCAGUUGCUUUAUGGUAAAUAUUGCGAUAGUUGUCGAAGAUGUUAGGGCUGGAUCUGUCAACUGGUGUGGAUGGUGUGGUCGAAAAAAUUGAACAACUCCCUACAGAUUUGUUUGCAGAAACACUUCACUCAAUCCUGGUUCAUCAAAAGGAUCAGAACAGAGCAGUAGAUUUGAUUGAAACAUGUGAUACAUUUCAAAGAGCUGGGAUAAACCUUGAUCAGAAUACUGUUCAAGAUAUUAUAAGACUGAUGUCCCACUAUUUUAGGUUAGCUGCAAAAAGCAAUCUUAGUUCAGAUGUCUUGGUCAGUAAAUUGACUGAAUGCAGCAGUAAAUGGUCCAAACCAACCCUACAGUCGGUGCACAAGCUUUGGACUGAGCAUGGUGCUCUUCUACAUGCACAUCAGGAGCUCCUUACAAUGGCCAGUAUUGGACAGCUUGUAGAUAUUCAGUGGAAGCUUGGAAUGGCAGUGAGCUCAGAUACCUGCCGAUCCCUCAACUCCCCAUUCAUCUCUGUUCUGAUGAAAAUUGCGGACACAUCAGGGGAGAUGUCAUAUAAAUCCUUUGAGAUGACAGUUCAGCAGUUUCAGAACUUCUACAGGCAGUUCAAGGAAAUGGCCUCUGUUUUAGAGACUGUUUAAUAUUUGUCUGAGUGUGGUUUUUACAGAAGUGAUUGUGAACCAUUUUGUCUAUGACCAAAUAAUUACAUUUAAGUACAGUAUUAAUAGUUUAACAAUGUAAAUUUGUUGAAUUUCGCACUGAACCUUUAUUUUUUGUUCUACUGUUACAGUAGCUACAAGGUUAAAGUUCUUGUUUUAUCAUAAUAAACAAUGAUAUUAUGUAAGAAAAUGUUCGAUUUUUCCCUCUGUGGAUCAUCAUAAAUUUCCAUUUGUCAUUAUUAUUGAUCUUUAUAACGGUCUUUAGUGCCUUUAGGAAACAUUAAUUUUGUUCCUGUUACAUCUCUAAUUGUUUUUCCACUUUUAAAUUACAAAUUACAUGUAUGAGAUGCUCAUGAACAUGAAUUUGUUUUAUUUUUUUCAUUAAUAAAAAAAUAUUGACUUUGA